GUGUGUGUGGUGUGUCGUGUGGCGUUAGGUCCCCAUUUUCAGCAGGACGUCUGCAGCAGCUGUCCACUGGUAUUUCAGCCGUGUCAUCACAGUAGUGAGAGGGGGGAUCAGUGAGACUGAGGGGGCUGCCUGCAGUCUACUUUUGUGGGUUCACUCUCGCUGUCCUUGGCCCCAGCCCUCCACGCCUCACUACUCUCCCUGACUAUACCCAAGUCUAGUCCCACGGCCCCACCAUGGCCGACCAGUACCAGUACAACACCAACGAGGAGAAGAUUGUGAAGGACAGCCACACCAAGGAGAUCGAUCUGAUCAACAGAGACCCCAAAUUGAUAAAUGAGGAUGUGAUCAAGGUGGAGUUUGAGGAUGUGAUCGCAGAGCCCGACAGCACACACAGUCUUGAUGGGGUGUGGAAGCUCAGCUACACCACCUUCACCGUGUCCAAGUACUGGUGCUAUCGCAUCCUCUCAGCCAUCUUCGGCAUCCCUAUGGCUCUGCUCUGGGGCUUCCUCUUCGCCUGCAUCUCAUUCUGUCACAUCUGGGCUGUGGUACCCUGUAUCAAGAGCUGCCUGAUCGAGUCCCAGUGCAUCAGUCGCAUCUACUCCCUCUGCAUCCAGACCUUCUGUGACCCCUUCUUUGAAGCCCUGGGCAAGAUCUUCAGCAGUGUGAAAGUGGCCCUGCGCAAAGAGGUCUAGACACUCACACCACCGCAGUGUUUACACAUGUUUGGAUGAAACGCUACACCCUUUUUAUCCACCAGACCAGAUGACCAGUCCUGGUGUCCUCAUAUUUCCCAAGACACCCCCCCGCUACCCUUACCCAGCCCAAAGCCCAGGGCCUCGCCCGUCUCAACCCUUUGAGUCCUGACAUGCACAGAGAGACCAGUGCCACAAGAGGCUCUGUGACAGCUGCAGCAUGGUUGGGUGACAGCUCUGGCUCUGUUGGAAGGCAGAAAGCUGUCUGUUCAUUGAGGGAAUAUAGGGCUGGCAGCCAUGGCAUGGGCAGGACUUGUGUCCCAGAGUGAAUGUAUUUUGCGAUGCUGUGGAAAGUGGCUCCUCGGUCACAUGACAUAAACACCCCAGUGACACUAACGGCAUUGCAGCACCCGUAGGACAAUAUACAAUCUCUACUAUAUUGACCAAUUCUGAAUUGAUAUACUAUAUUAAACAGUCAGUGUGUGUGUGUGUGUGUGUGUGUGUGUGUGUGUGUGUGUGUGUGUGUGUAUGUUUUGUUCCUAAUGGUAAACUAGUCGAUGUUGUGCAAUGGAAAAGAUAAUUGUAGUGCUUGAACAAGAUUAUAUCAUGUUUUACAAAAUGAAUAAGAUGCAGUUUCUUUACUGAAUCAUUUUGAUUAAACACAUCCUAAAUUGUCAA